UCUUCCAGUCACAUCAAACACAACAGGAAGGCUGCAGAGAUGGCAGAGGAGGAAGUUAAAUAUGCGUCAGUGGAUAUAAAAACUAAGAAGCAGCCCCAAGCAGAAGCCAAAGAUAAGAAAGAGACUGUGUAUGAUGAAGUGAAGGUGAACAAAGAACCAGAUCAGGCUGAAACAGUAGAAGACGCUGAGUAUGCUGAAGUGCAGAAGCAGACAAAAAGAUUUCAACAAACUCCUGACACAACUGGACCUCUGUCAGACAAGGCAGCAGAAAAAUGUCGGCGCUAUCAGCAGCUGGCUUGCUGUUUUGGGAUUCUUUGUGUCCUUUUGGUCCUGAGCAUCAUUGGAGUCUGUGUUUACUUUCAUGAGAGCACCGCAAAUGAGUGGAAAUCAUACAGAAAACUUCUGCGGGAAAAAACUCACAACCUGACGGAACUCACUUCAGAUUAUGAGAAUUUGACAAUUCAGUUCAAAAACCUGACUGCAGCUUCUGCUGCCUUAGAAAAAAAUAUCACCACGCUGACUAAAGAAAACCAGCAGCUGCAGACAGAGAGGAAAAACCUCACAGAACAAAUAGAAACUAUGGAGAAACCUUGGAAUGAGCAGAACAUCAGUCGAGCUCAGUGGAGCGUUGAUGAAUAUUGUCCUAAAGAAAACAAGAGAAAUUGUAGUCCUUGUCAGAAAGGCUGGCUCCUAUCUCAGUCCAGCUGCUAUGUAGUUAAUAAUGCUGAACCUCCAAAUCAGAAAACCUGGGAAGAAGCACGAGAAGACUGCAGAGGAAAGAUUUCAGAUCUGACUGUUGUUGGUGAUGAAGCAGAAAAGAACUUUGUUAAAGACAAUAGUUGGGUUAAUGACAAUAUUAAAGGAUACUGGAUUGGCCUCAGAGCUGAAGGAGGGAAAUGGAGAUGGAUCGAUGGAAGUGAUCUGACCAAUCAAGCCUGGAUACAGCAGCAGUCUGCAGUUGAUGGUCAGUGUGUAACUUCUCUCCAGGACAGAGAAUGGAGAUCAAUGAGCUGUGAUGAAAAGAACGCAUGGAUCUGUGAGAAGAAGGCUUUAUCUGUUGAAACAUGAGAUAUUCAGAUUGAGGGAAGUUAUCUGGACAGCUUUAAAUACCAAAUAAAUAAAUAAAACCAAAAGUUUAAAAAUUAAACCUAUUUCUUAUGUAAAAUUUUGUGGUCAUUGAAACAACAUAUUAACUGAAAUUGUAAAAUGCCAUUUUGAUUGCAUCUCAUAUUUAUUGUAACACAUGUGAUGUUAACUUGCCUGAUUAAAGACAUCAGUUUAGAAAAGGUUUUUGGAGUUUGGAGGUUUUUCAGAUUAUUUGUCUGAGCUGCAAUAUUUACAGUUUAUUAACAGAUUCAUGAAAAAAACAGACAUGAUUCAGUUCCAUGUGACUUGAACAUUUUACUGAGUUUUUGAAGGAAUUUUCCUAAUCAUGAUUUUAGGAAUCCCACUUUGUGUUUAACUUUCUUUAAUGGUUAUGAUCCUGAUUAUACAUAUUUAGAUGCUGCU